UCGGUGGGGCAGAGGCUGAAGCGGCCGCAUCCAGGGACGCGCAACAGUCAUCAUCAGCCGGGGCUGAGCUGAGCGAGGCGGCAGGACGAACCCUAGGGGAGACCCUAAACCAAGAGCGACCUACUGAGCCCCAAGACUGAUAUCGGAGCUGUGGAAGCAGCGCUCCGACACUGCCGCGCGCCCCCAGCCAGGAUGCCGGUGGCCCAAACGCCCUUUCCAGACAGACGAGGCUGUUUUCAACAUCCCUACUGGUGUCUAGCCUGCACACAUUCCUGAAGCCACACUGCAAUCUUGGUGGACCUCUGAAAUGAACGUUCCCUGGGCGCCCUCUUGUGGAUUGUGGAGGUAACCGUCAAUGCCAAGCCAUGGAAACCAAGCCUCCACCACACCCACAGCCUGUCUUGGGAAACGAGACUCUGUUAGCACAUUACAACCAUGUGGGGAAGCUGGAGAGCAGACUGCGGGACCCCCCUGAGGACAGCACGAUCACCACCAUCCUCUUCUUGGUUGUCUGCAGCUUUAUUGUCUUGGAGAAUCUGAUGGUUUUGAUUGCCAUCUGGAAAAACAAUAAAUUUCACAAUCGCAUGUACUUUUUCAUUGGUAACCUGGCUCUCUGUGACCUGCUGGCCGGCAUAGCUUACAAGGUCAACAUUCUGAUGUCAGGCAAGAAGACAUUUAGCCUGUCUCUGACGGUCUGGUUCCUCAGGGAGGGCAGUAUGUUUGUGGCCCUUGGGGCGUCCACCUGUAGCUUACUGGCCAUCGCAAUUGAGCGGCAUUUAACCAUGAUCAAGAUGAGGCCCUACGAUGCCAACAAGAAACACCGAGUCUUCCUUCUGAUUGGGAUGUGCUGGCUCAUUGCCUUCUCACUGGGUGCCUUGCCCAUUCUGGGCUGGAACUGCCUGCAGAACUUCUCUGACUGCUCAACCAUCUUGCCUCUCUAUUCCAAGAAAUACAUUGCCUUCUGUAUCAGCAUCUUCAUAGCCAUCCUGGUGACCAUUGUCUUCCUGUAUGCUCGCAUCUAUUUCCUGGUCAAGUCCAGCAGCCGCAAGGUGACCAACCACAGCAACACGGAGCGCUCCAUGGCCCUGCUGCGAACUGUGGUGAUCGUGGUGAGUGUGUUCAUUGCCUGCUGGUCCCCCCUCUUCAUCCUCUUCCUCAUUGAUGUGGCCUGCAGGGUAAAGGAGUGCCCCAUCCUGUUCAAGGAUCAAUGGUUCAUCAUGCUGGCUGUGCUCAACUCUGCCAUGAACCCCAUCAUCUACACAUUGGCAAGCAAGGAGAUGAGGCGUGCCUUCUUCCGGCUUAUCUGCAGCUGUCUGGUCAGGAGCAAGGGUGCCCGGGCCUCACCUAUACAACCUGCUCUUGACCCAAGCAGAAGCAAAUCAAGCACUAGCAACAACAGCAAUCAUUCACCGAAGAUCAAAGAAGAGCUACCCCACACAGCCACCUCUUCCUGCAUCACUGACAGAAACAGAACACUUCAGAAUGGGAUCCUCUGCAAAUGAAUGUCUCUGUGGGACCAGCUAUGCAGCCAGGCUCUUAUUUAUUGCAUGUGUCACUUCCAUGUGGGCCCUUAAAAACCUUGACUUGGGAAAGCUACCUGCUGUUGCCCAAGAGCCUGCCCAGUGUGGACAUCUCCCAAGAAGGGGACCUCAGGAGCUGCCAACUCAUUUCAGUGUAGAUGGCAUGCCCUGGCUGCCUCAGGCCCCAGAGUCUUCCCUAAGACUAAGUACUAAGCUGCUGACGUCAUCCAUUGCCUUCCAUGGAUUCCUGCACACCACUGUUCUUGUCCCCAAAGAGAGAAGAUUGUACUGCACAAUGCACAGGGUGUUCAUUCCUCUGUGGGCCUCUGGAUGAUGUUCUGAUAUCUUCACACUACAUUUAUUAUGCAUAAAAUGGGUGCUCAUAUAUUCAUCCAUUUUGGUUGCAUGUGAGUUGUGUUCCAGGCAUUUGCAGACAGAAUCCAUAGAAAGUCACAGUACUCGACACAGCUCUGCGAUGGUUCUACAGAUGUGUUCUCACUGUAGCACCAGGGUCAAGGACAGGAUGUGAUUAGGUGGCUACCCCACUGCUCUCCUCAGGCUGAUAUAAAGUCUUAGAAUAAGCAAGUUUUUAAGGCCCAGAUUCAAGAAAGGCUUGCCCUAGUCCAGCCCAGUUGUGUGAAUCUAAUCUAACUCAAUCUGGGUUCCUUCCUUUGUGUAUUUCCUGUGUGUGAUUGUUUUGAGGCUCUCUGCAAAACACAUAAAAGUCUGCCAGGAUCUCUCAGGACCCUGGGAGACCACCAAAGGAAAAAAAAAAACUGUGAGGGAGAGGAAAGGUAGAGGCGCUACCACUCUGUGCCACCAUUCCAGUCUGCUUACUGUAAUGAAGAGCUUCCAAAGGAGAGGUUUACAAGAUACCACUAUGGUUCUAGAUCAUGUUUGAUUCUGUAUCACAAAAGCACAGUCUCCAUGCUGAGAGGCAUGUAGCCGAGGGACUGAGGCCAUCAGUAGUUUCCUAGCUUCCUACAAAAGCAAACCUUGACCAUUACUGCUCAUAAGAGAUGCAAAUUGCCAGGAAAUGUAACCUGGAUAUUUCUUCCUUCAGGGAGCUGACCUGUUAUAAUUCUUACAUAAUAUACUGUGUUUACUUUUCAGUUGAUCCUGUAUUGCUUUGAUGACCUUAUAAAGGGCCAGCAAAAGACCUCUUUGUAUGAGCUCCCCCCAAGCAGUCUGAAUGCAAUACACAGAUGAGAAGUAAAAACAUGUGUCAAUCUAGCACACACCUGCCAUGACUGUAUUGAGCUCUUUGUGACAACACAGACAAAAACAACCUUCAGAAGGAUUCUCAUUUGGGUGAGCCUCACAUCAGAGCCCCAAAAGAAUGCUCAUAACACACAAAUGACUUCUAGAAGAAAUUCAUGCUUAGAGGUUGCCUGAUGUAAGUGACUCUUAUUUAGGAACUUUCCUGUGAGUCCCGGCUAACUGACAUGAACUUACCAAAGACUUGCCCAAUUUUUGUUCAUGAUGAGAAUUUAUUACUCAAGAGAUACUCUGGGGGGUAUAGUUUGUUUCCAUGUAGCCUGAGAAAAACCUAGGGCAUUUCUAAGAAAGCAUUCAGAUA